CUCGAUUUUCUUACUGCUAUUGGUAGAAUUCGUUAUUAAGUAGCAAUACCAAGAUUUUACUGUCACGCGUCAAAAAAUAAAUUCUAGACAUCUUCCUACUGUGAUAAACAAUAAUAAAAUAGUGGCGAAAAUCGUUACUACUGCGCUUAAAAUUGUGUCUCAGAGCAACGUUUUUCGUAAAUAUAACAGUUCGUAAACAUAAAGUUAAUUAAGGCAUUUGUGGCCUACCGUGUAAUGUACUACAGCUGAAAAAUCACUCGUUAUGGCAUCUGGGUCUAAAAAUGAUAUAGUUAAUAGAUUGCUUAACGUAAGACUGGAUGACGGAGGUGGUGGAGAUGAGCCACCGCCGCAGAACAUGCUGCCGUCCAACCAGCAGGCACGGCAGCUCGGGCAAAUACAGGAGGAAGACAACGGAGAAGUGAGCGAGCCAGCCCCCUCGUCCGCCGCGAUAGAGAACCCUCAACCAAUUAAUAACACUGGCGGCCGCCUGCACAACUGGCAGGCGACAAAGACGACCGUCAAGGAUAGGCUGUCGUUCCUCUUUAACAACGAAAUUCUAAGUGACGUGCAUUUCAUCGUCGGCAAAGACGCCAACCAGCAAGUGAUACCGGCGCACAAGUUUGUGUUGUCCGUGGGCAGCGCGGUGUUCGACGCCAUGUUCAACGGAGUGCUGGCCACAAAGUCUGAUGAGGUAGAGCUGCCUGAUGUGGAGCCCGCAGCCUUCCUACAUUUGCUAAAGUUCCUAUACUCAGACGAGGUGCAGAUUGGGCCAGAGAGUGUGAUGACUACACUGUAUACUGCCAAGAAAUAUGCUGUGGCUGCACUGGAGGAGCAUUGUGUUGAUUUUUUAAAAAGUAAUUUGGGGAUGGACAAUGCUUUUCUGUUGCUAACUCAAGCUCGGUUGUUUGAUGAGCCACAGUUGGCCUCUUUGUGCCUAGAGAUGAUAGAUAAGAAUACUGCUGAUGCAUUAAAUGCUGAGGGGUUUACAGAUAUUGAUCAAGAUACACUAAAUGCAGUGCUGGAGAGAGACACUCUACGCAUCAGAGAAGCAAAAAUCUUUGCGGCAGUGCUCCGCUGGUCAGAGGCUGAAUGUAUUCGCAGACAGGUGCCCGUCACGCCUACCAACCAAAGGAUGGUCCUUGGAAGAGCAUUCAAUGCCAUCAGAUUUCCCCUAAUGUCCGUAGAAGAAUUUGCCAUGGGUCCUGCACAAAGUGGUCUCCUGGAUGACCGGGAAAUUGUCCAACUGUUCCUAUACUUUACUGUGAAUCCUAAACCUAAUGUUGGAUUCCUAGACACUCCAAGAUGCUGUAUGACUGGGAAAGAGCUGACGGUGAACAGGUUUCCUCAGACGGAAUCAAGAUGGGGGUACAGUGGACCGACAGACAGGAUUCGUUUUACGGUUGAUCAAAGAAUUUUCGUUGUUGGCUUUGGACUGUAUGGAUCGUAUUUCGGGCCAACGGAGUAUGAGGUGCACUUACAGAUAAUCCACUUGGCAACGAAAAAGGUAUGCGGUUCAAAUACAACGACGUUUUGCUGCGACGGUACAGACGACACUUUCCGCGCCAUGUUCAAGGAGCCGGUGGAGAUUCUACCCAACACUUCCUACAUAGCCAGUGCUAAACUUAAGAUGGGUGUGAGGAAAGCACUUCAGCUCAGAAAGACCAAAACGCUCACUGUUACUGUUUAUAAUUGCAAAAAAAAUCCCGCGCAAAAAGGUUGUACGUUCAUAAUAAAGAUCGCUUCGGGCCGGCGCCGGGAAGUGACCCUACUAAAAAAAGGCCAGUCCAUUGCUUUUGGGCCUAAAGCAAUACUUUUUAAGGCACCGAUUCGUACUAUGGCACGAAGGGUCUUCGGCGUGUAACAGUUGACUGCAACAACGGUGAGAAAGUUGUAUUCCAAUUCUCGUACGCAGCCGGUAAUAACGGCACUUCGGUAGAGGACGGCCAAAUACCGGCCAUCAUCUUCUACAUUUAAUCU